AAGCGUGACACCCUGAGAAAGAUGGCCGCCGGAAGAACGAACCUCUUGAGUAAUGGCGACAUCUUUUCUGUUGACGCGAGAAUAUGCGCGAAGUCACUGUAAACCCGUUGUUAUUGGAUACAAAAGCCUCGCACUUAUUAGGAAGCUGGAAGUUUAGCUUCAUAGCACACGAAAACAAUAAAGUUAAACACAAGUUAUAAUGUUCAAACGGAUAUUUUUUAGAUAAGUCACAGAUCAUGGAGCAAAGUGAUCUCUCUGAUGAUUUGGGGCUUCAGUUCCAAAAGCAGGAGAAAAUAAAGCGGGAUGGAAAAAGAGAGACAGUAUCCAACAAUUUUAAUGUCAGUGGCAGCCAAUAUGAUCAGGCUGACAGUGCUGAUGACAGGGUGUUGCAGCAAGAAAAUCAGACACUUUUAGACAAAUUGAGAGAGCUAAAAGAUGAAAAUGGCCGACUCUUUAAACUUCUGGGUGAAAAGGAUUUUGAGAUUAAGCACCUAAAAAAGAAAAGAGAAGAAGAAAGGCUGGCCUUUUCAGGCACAUCUGGCUUGACAGGAGCAAUAGCUACCACCAAAAUUGUUGAGCUUUCCAAAAAGAACAGGGAACUAAGUGCUGAAAUUGAGAGAGAGAAGAUUAGGUCCAAGGAAAGCAGCGACCAAAUCAAAGAGCUUGAGAAAGAGCUGCAGGCUGCUUUGGUGAACUGUCAACCUGGGCACAAGAGUGACUCAAAGUUACUAGACAACUCAUCUGAAAAGGAAAGUCCAGCAGUCAGACCUCUGCAGGAAAAAUUAGCAGCUGCUCAACUGAAAGUGGCUGAAUAUCGCAACCAGGUUCAAUCCACCAAACAGGAGCUAAAAGUGGCACAGAGGGUGAUAAUCAGUGAGGUUGGAGAGGAAGUUAACCUUCAGCAAUUACUGAGCUGCCCUGGGAGCUUUAGAGGGCGAUCACAGCAGAUCCUGGCACUUCAGACAAGGGUUCGAGAUCUUGAGCAGCAGCUCAGCCUGGCAACUCGGCACAAACAGGCGAGUGACCUCAGUGUAGAGAAAGAGCUUCCGAGCGCUGGUGUCUAUCAUAAAAGCCCUCACAGCGAGAGGAACCUCAACUACAUCCGCACUAUUGAGAAAGGAAAGAAGGAAGCGUUUGAGAGGCUCUCAGCGGAUUAUGAAGCACUCCUCAAAGAACAUGAAGAUGUGAAGAAAAGACUGGAAGCUUCUAAAGCUCGGAGCAAAUCUCAAUCCACUGAAAUAAAAAUGCUGAAGGCUCAGGUCACCACCCUUUUGGAGACAAGUAAACAGAACGAGGAACUAAUCAGUGCCAUGCUGAAGCAGCAGAGUCAGACUCAGAUGGUGCUGAAACAGUUCAGCCAACAGCAGAGUGAGCACAAACUAAACCUGACUGAGUCUGUAGAGAGCAGCGCUCUGAUCCAGAAGCUGAAGCAGGUGGUUGCUGAGAAAGACGUAAAGAUCAAAGAGCUGCAAAAGCGGCUGCAACAAUUCAGUAGGCUUCGGAAGGAAGAGAGUGUGGACAGAUGUUCAAGUUCCACGUUAACAAGCUGCAGUUCAGAUAUGUCACCAGAAGAUGGCGACGUUAACAAAAGAAUUACUUCAGAUUCAGUCUCUAAAUAUGGGCACAGACUUGUGGUACCUGGUAUGGGACACAACAUAGAAUACAAGAGCCUGUGUUGUCCACACUGUUCUGCUGAUGUGAGUUUGCUGAUGACCCAGAGCGAUGAGUAUAAAAUCCUCAGUGUGGAGAAGGACCGACUCCUUGAGAUGGUUCAAGAUCUGCAGAUGAAGGUCUGCUGGGAACGUCUGGCAGAGUCUCCUGUCAGAAGGAGCUUCAAAUCCCACCUCCGACAGAACUUCCAAAACCCGGGGGAGGCAGGGGACAUUGAGUCUGAAUGGACCCUGUUCCGUGCCUCCAUUGUUGAGGCGGCCGACCGGAGCUGUGGUCGCAGGAUCGGCGGUGCCUGUCGUGGUGGCAACCCCCGAACCCGCUGGUGGACACCAGCGGUUAGGGAUGCUGCCAAGCUAAAGAAAGAGUCCUUUCAGGUCUUUUUGGCCUGUGGGACUCCAGAGGCAGCUGACGGGUACUGGCAGUUCAAGCAGAACGCGGCUCGGGUGGUCGCCGAGGCAAAAACCCGGGCAUGGAAGGAGUUCGGUGAAACCAUGGAGCAAUACUUCCGUAUGGCUUCGAGGAGAUUCUGGUCCACCAUCCGGCGCCUCAGGGGGAGGAAAGCAGUGCACUACCAACACUAUCUAUAGUGGGGACGGUGCUGCUGACCUCUACUCAGGACGUUGUGGAUCGGUGGGCAGAAUACUUUGAAGACCUCUUCAAUCCCACCGACACGUCUUCCAGUGAGGAAGCAGAGUCUGGGGACUUUGGGUUGGCCUCUCAAAUCUCUGGUGCUGAGGUCACUGAGGUGGUUAAAAAGCUCCUCUGUGGCAAGGCUCCAGGGGUGGAUGAGAUCUGCCCGGAGUUCCUUAAGGCUCUGGAUGUUGUGGGGCUGUGUUGGCUGACGCGGCUCUGCAAUAUCGCGUGGACAUCGGGGGCAGUCCCACUGGACUGGCAGACCAGGAUGGUGGUCCCCUUAUUUAAAAAGGGGGACCGCAGGGUGUGUUCCAACUACAGGGGGAUCACACUCCUGAGCCUUCCUGGUAAGGUCUAUUCAGGGGUUCUGGAGAGGAGGGUCCGUCAGAUUGUUGAACCUCAGAUUCAGGAGGAGCAAUGUGGAUUUCGUCCUGGCUGUGAAACACUGGACCAGCUCUAU